GAAGGCAUUGCAAAGGAUCUCUAACCAUCUCUCUCAUAGACACCAACAAAACCAAAAACAAGAAAAAUGGCAGCUGUUUCUUUCCAUGCUCGCUCCAACAGUUUUCCGGCUGCAAGGUCACACCCUCUAGUCUCAGAAAUCGAUGAGCAAGUUUGCAGAUUGAGACAAUCUCAAGCUGCUUCUACAUCAUCAUCAUCCAUCGGCCACAACUUUAUUAGCCUUCAACUUGUGUAUGAUUGUGUAGACCAGUUGUUCCAACUGUCCACAACCCAACAAGCAUUGAUCAAUGACCAGAAGUGCUUCAACGAGCUAUUGGACGGAUCUUUGAGGCUUUUGGACUUGUGCAAUGUAGCCAAGGAUGCAUUGUCCCAGAUGAAAGAGUCUGUUGCUGAACUUCAAUCAGCUAUCCGUAGGAGGCAAGGAGGUUUGGAAGGUGAAACCAGAAGAUACCUCAAGUCUAGGAAGGCUGUGGUCAAAGCAAUCCAGAAGGUCCUGAAGGAUGUGGAUAGCAAGAAAUCCACUUCACCCAACAACGUCGAGACCUUCUCCAUGUUGAAAGAAGCUGAAUCUGCUGUUGUGGAGGUUUUGGAGUGCUUGUUGACAUUCAUUUCUCAGUCGAGUCCGAAGCCAAGCAGCUGGUCAUUUGUUUCCAAGAUGAAAAGGGUUGCAGCAGCAAGCGACGAGAACGAAUUUGCAGAUGUGGAUGCUGCUUUGAAGACUACCAAAUCUGGUGAAGAGGUCCAAGUUCAUCUGAAGAACUUGCAGCCAUGCAUUCAAGAUCUCGAGGAAGGAGUUGAGUGCCUGUUUAGGCGUUUGAUCAAAACAAGAGCCUCGAUUCUCAACAUCCACAAUCUGUAAAUUUACAUCAUCAAAAUCAAACAAACUUGUACAUGAAUCAGCUGUAUAUAAAAUUUUGAUACUCAAAUCCACAAGUAUACAUGGUCUCCUGAAACUUUGUGUCUCACUUUUAGUUCUCUUCUGCUCAUUUCAAUUACCUGUUGCAGUUUUGCACAUAGAAGAAACAUGAAUGACAGUGAAAAACAGGUUCCGGGGGUCAUUACAGAUGGUCGAGAAAACAAUAUCUAGCUGGAUUGACCAUCAAGUUCAUGAAAUGUAAGCAAAAGCAAUCUUCAAUGAGAGGGCACUCACAUGGAAUUCUGGCAAAAGAAAACAACUAAUGAUGCCAGAGAAUCAGAGAGUAAACACACCUUCAAGGCAACUGCAGAAUGUGAUGAUCUGUCUGCUUUUAAGGGUUCAGUUGAAUCAUUAACACGUUUGGUUCCAUUUUUCUCCAUUGUAAGAGUGGCUAAAGCACGUUGAUGAAACCACAACAACCAUGUUAAUCUACGCUUUUUAUACCGAUGAAUGAGAUGGCAAUGUGCUUAUGUUUUCGAUCCGAGAACAACCAUCUCAGCAAUUGUCUGUGCAGUGUUAUCUUUCUUACCUCCUGUUACUCUGUAAGCUCUGGUGUUGGAACAAAGCAUACCACAUCGUUUAAACCAGCUUGUGAAAGCAGUGGGCUUCGAAUAAGAAGGAAGCUCUGUGGACUGAACAAUUCAUACCUUUCUCGGCCUUUUGGCUAAGAUCAAGUGUAGUAUCUGUUCUUAUCAGUUUAAUAUCUGAUGAUACGUGGGCCAAUGGCCCACACGAUAUUAAAUUAAUUUUUUUAGGGGGAGAGGCCCACUACUGGAGCUUGCCUCAGGGGCCUUCUCAAGUGUCGUCCUUGUGUUGCACUACUGCAUGGACCUGGCGCACCCCACCAAUUUUAAGUCCAAUAUGUUUUCUGACAUUCUGUAUUACAGGCCCAUUAACAGACCGGCGAGCUGAAGGUAUCUCCGCCUAUUAAAGAUUAGUUUCGAGU